UGUAGUGAGUAAUCAUCCCACGUACUGUGACGGUGGGAGAGGAGGUGAACAUUACUAGUAGUGUCGGCAACAUGGUAACGCUUAAGGGAAGAGUGAGACAAGGAGGAGUGGAGGAGGAGAGUGUACUGUCACUCAUCAAGGCUGUACUGGAUAUUAAAGGUGUAUCUACCCUCAAGAUUAACCUCCGGGCGCUGGUGCAUCUCCUCAAGACGGUGCUCAAGCCGGAGACGUGGCAGAACCUUCUUCAGAAUGCGCUGAACGAGUUCAACUUCCUGCACGAGGGGGAGGUGAUUGAGCGCGGCGUGGGCGGCCCCGCGGCCCCUGUCGAGGGCCAGGUCAGUAUCGAGGAGGUAGAGGAGGAGGAGGUGGAGGACCUGGCGGCCGAGGGUAGCCCUCACCCCAGCUCGUCCUCCCCGCCCUCCUAUCAUGUCCACCUGCCAGAAGACCAGGUUGGCGGACGUGAUGUGGAGGAGGUCCGCACACGGAAGUUGCCUCUGUCGCGGUUCGACCGUGACCGUGACUCCGCGUACGACACUUACCGUAACUCUCAGUAUGGGUCUAUGGGGAUGGAACAGUUCCGCCUCAUCUCCGUACUGGGGCGAGGACACUUCGGUAAGGUCAUAUUGGGUCAGUACAAGAACACGGGCGAGUACUUCGCCAUCAAAGCUCUCAAAAAGGGGGACAUCAUCGCCAGAGACGAAGUGGAGAGUCUUUUGGCGGAAAAACGAAUCUUCGAGGUGGCCAACUCCGUGAGACAUCCCUUCCUCGUCAACCUCUUCGCUUGUUACCAGACGGAGAGCCAUGUAUGUUUCGUGAUGGAAUAUGCGGCGGGUGGCGACCUGAUGAUGCACAUACACGCCGACGUGUUCGACGAGCCUCGCGCCGUCUUCUACGCCGCGUGUGUUGUUCUCGGCCUCCAGUACCUCCACGACAACAAGAUAAUCUACCGUGACCUCAAGCUGGACAACCUACUGUUGGACACGGAAGGUUACGUCAAGAUCGCAGACUUUGGGCUGUGUAAGGAGGGCAUGGGUUAUGGGGACCGUACCGGCACCUUCUGUGGCACCCCGGAGUUCCUGGCCCCAGAGGUGCUGACGGAGACCUCCUACACCAGAGCCGUCGACUGGUGGGGCCUCGGCGUCUUGAUAUUCGAGAUGCUCGUUGGGGAGUCGCCCUUCCCUGGUGAUGAUGAAGAGGAAGUAUUUGAUAGCAUUGUUAACGAUGAAGUGAGAUACCCACGGUUUCUCUCCAUCGAGGCCGUGGCCAUCAUGCGGAAGCUUCUCCGGAAGCACCCAGACAGACGUUUGGGAGCCAGCGAGAAGGACGCCGAAGACGUCAAGAAGCAGCAGUUCUUCCGUAGCGUCGGCUGGGACGACCUAUUACAACGCAAGGUCAAGCCUCCUUUUGUGCCCACCGUGACAUCCCCCGAGGACGUUAGUAAUUUUGAUGAAGAAUUCACGCUUGAAAAACCUGCCCUGACGCCGCCAAAAGACCCACGCCAUCUUAACGAGUCUGACCAGACUCUCUUCAAGGACUUUAACUACAUGGCUGACUGGUGCUGAACGCGGCAUGACGCCAGGAGGGCAAUCUCAGUGGAGGGCCUCGCGCCCCCGACCGCCGGCCGGGCCGUACGUAUCUCGAGGAGGAAUCUGAUGCCUGGAGCAGCUCACCCGUGGCAGAAGCAACAGCAGCAGCAGAGCAGCUGGUCGUAUGGCUGCUGGCCUGCCUUUUGCUCACCUGAGGCAUGGCUUGGCUUGCUUAUAGCAGCAACAGCAGUUGUGAGGCAGGUAUCGCAUAAGCAGAUGCAUAUUUCCUCUUGCUGGAACCUACAUGGACUUGACAGUAGUGCCCAACUGGUGGGCCUGCUGGUGUAAAGAGAAGCUUUGACAGGAUUUUGUGUAUACCACUAUUGGCCCUGUCACGACCUCACCACACGGUUGUACGUCUCUCCUCUCUCUGACAGCAACUGUCGCCGUAAAUAGUACUAAUCCCUGUUAGUUUGUUGCCGCCCCAACUCUUGGUCCGGAAGACGCUAGCCGCCACGCUCGCUUGCCCAUGUGACCACUAACGAGGGUUGGGAAGUGACGGGUUGUAGCCAGCACUGUUAUCACUCCUGCUGUUGGAUGCUUAAAGUCAACACAUGGGAUCAUGUCUCCUUGGAUUUUUUUGUUAACUGUUUUCAAACAUUACCACUGAAUUGGACACACAUCUGAAAACUUUGUAUGAGCUUUUUAAAUUAACGAAUGCCCGUCCAAAUUCUAGAACCUCUUAUUGUGAUAACCUGUGGCCUUUCCUGUUGUUAACUUCUGAAUGCAACUAUUUAUUCAUAUUGUGAUAUGUACUUUAUGCAUCGUCGACUUCACAAAGGUCCGGAGUUCCUCUCUUGGAAUACUCACUCCCACUCAUCCCUAGAAUUCGAAUAGGAAUUUUGUCAGGAAUUAUUGGAUCUAACAAAGUUGGAUCCACCUACGUUGUGAGCACUGCAUGUAAAGGUAGCUGAUCACUGAACCCCCUCUACCCACCCCACCCUCUCUACCCCACCCCACCCUCUCUACCCCACCCCACUCCCCCAUCUUCUACCCCGUAGCCAACACCCCCCCCCCCAUAGGAUCGUUGGGUCUGUGGAAGAUGGUGAAGGUCCACACUUGCACACAACCCACACAAACGUUUUAAUGCUCAGUUUUAAUUCAUCACUAUAUAUGUGUGCAGGUCGUCUUUAUGAGAGGUCGUGGCCUCCUCAUCAUCUUUCACGGAUCACCGAGUUGUGAAUUUUUUUUGUUGACAUCCUCCAGUGAUUAUUGACAUAGUAAGGAUGACUAGUGUAAAUUAAACAAGUGAUGAUCGUGUAGGAUAUAAAUAUUUUAAAUACUGUAAUGAAUUUAAUAAUGAAUCCGGUCAUGUAUAUUAUAGUGACUACUGAACACUGUCCUGGUAGCAGAAAUGUGAAGAAAACUCAAGAAGAUGGACAUUUAUUGUAACUUUUUAUUAUUGUUUGCUGCCAAAAAUCCAAUGUUGCCAUAAGAUCUGCAUCUGCGGAAGGAAGAUUAAACACCCAUUAAUCAAAACCGUUUUGUUCAGACAAUUAUGUUGUGUUUUGGAUCUGCUCGAACGAUUUGGAUUGUACUUUUACAAAUGUAUAAUGAGUCAGAUUUGAGUCUGAUAUUAUUUCGCUUGAAUUAGGAUUGUGUAUGAUAUUUCUUGGACUUAUGUUCUCUUCUCCAGUGCUUGUCUGUGUAUAACUUAUUUUAGGUGUAGAUGAUGAUGAUGAUGAUGAUGAUGAUGAUGAUAAUAAUGAUGAUAUGUCCCCACACUGGGCAGGGGCUUCGAGAACUGUUAGGCUUGUACAGAUGGUUAAACAAUUGUGUAAGGGUUAACAAUCUGUUUUGUAGCUAUUAUCUCUUCAAUAAAUUUAUACAUAUAUUUUA